AGUUGGGACUCCAGCAGCAAGGAGACAGCUCCUAGUCAUGUACCGAGCUCUUUAGCAGCGAACCCGCAACGAAGUCGGACGAGAGACACUUUGCCGUCUUCGUGACCUGUCUUUGUUACCUCGUAUGAAGCGGUUUCUGUUUUGUUUUAGCCACAGGGACUACGGUGAUGGAAGACGAGGAGAGGCAAAAGAAACUCGAGGCCGGCAAAGCAAAGUUGGCUGAGUACCGUCAGAGGAAAGCCCACGCAGACUCCCAGAAGAAACAGAAGAAGAAGAAGAAAAAGAAGCAAGGGGAGGACUCGGAGGAAAGGGUGGAGGUCGAGCAGGAUCGUUCUGUGGAGGGAGAGGAUGUCUCAGGCGGAGGAAGAGUUGGAUUAGAGGAGGGAAAUCAAGACCCACCCACCACAGAGGUCACCUUCGCCAAGACCCUGCGGAGCGGAGAGACAGUCAAGCAUGACCAGACCUACACCAUAGAGCCCGAGAGUGAGGUUUCCACCACCGCUGAAGAUUAUUCUUCUGAGGUAAAUGGGUGCCAUGAGAUGAAAGUGAACCUAAUGAAGUCCUCCAAGGAUUUUAUCUGGGAGGAGGUGGAGCCUCUGCAGCAGGUGACAAAGGGAGGCACAAUGCAGGACAUGGAAGAUGCCCUGGCUGCCAAGACCCAGGCAGUGGAGGAGCUAAGCCGAGAGCUUGAAGAAAUCAGGGCUGCCUUUGGCACAGAAGGAGUACAACAGCUGCAGGACUUUGAGGCUGCUCUGAAGCAACGAGACGGCAUCAUCACCCAGCUGACUGCUAAUCUCCAGCAGGCUCGCGAAGAGAAAGAUGAGAUCAUGAGAGAAUUCUUGGAGAUGACAGAACAAAGCCAGAAACUACAUAUUCAGUUUCAGCAGCUGCAGGCAGGGGAGACGCUGAGAAACACCAGCCACAGCAGCACAGCAGCAGAUCUUCUGCAGGCGAGGCAGCAGCUUGUCCAGUACCAACAGCAGCAGGAGGAAAUUAGCAUUGAGCUCAAAAAGUACCAGGAAAGGAGCAGUGAGCAACUUCUGCAGAUCAGCCAGCUCCAGCACAAGCUCAGUGAGAUGGAAAUGUCAGGGAGAAGAUCAGAAGAAUCAUUUGCACAAAGGAUAAAUGAAAAAGACCUGCUGAUCGCUGAACAUGAACGAAUUAUUUCAGGUCAUGAACAGUCCCUGACAGAAUUAAGAGCGGAGCUUACACGGAAAGGCAGAGCAGCAGAGGAAUCAUUUGCACAAACACUAAAAGAGAAAAAUCUGCUCAUUAUGGAGCAAACUGCGGUAAUUACAGAACAUGAGCGGUCAUUGAGCAUGCUUAGGGAGGAACUUAUCCAGGUGGGUAGGACUGCAGAAGAAAUCGUUAUAGAAAAGGCAGAUGAUAAAGACCUCAUCAUUGCAGAGCAAGAGAGAGUAAUUUCAGAACGUGAAUGCUCUCUUACCCAGCUUGAGGAUGAGCUGGAGUCCUCUGAGAAACGCCUGAAUGACCUCCACCAGCAAAUGGCUUCAAAGGUACUGGAACUUGAAAAAUGCCUGGAUGAGUUGGAAAGCAGCAAGUGUGAGUUAGAAAACUGCAAAUGUGAAUUGGAGAGUUGUAGGUUGGAUUUUGAGAAAGAGCGAAAAGAGUUGGAAAACUGCAAGGGUGAACUUGCAGCGUCCAAACAGAAGGAGCGAAUGUCAUCUAAGGAAAUCAUGCAGCUCAUGGGCACUGUAGAAGACCUGCAAAAACGUUGUCACCAGGGCAGCCUGUCAGAGAGUGACACUCUCCAACGAAUGGAAGAGGAAUCUGUCCGGAAGCUUGAUAUUCUCAGGGCAGAGCUAGAUGAGAUGUAUGGCCAGCAAAUUGUCCAGAUGAAACAGGAGAUUAUUUUACAACAUAAAGCAGAAGUGGAGCGAUUGAUCCAGCAAUAUGGUGCUGAAAUUGACCUGCUAAAAGCCCAACAGCCAUCUCAGACUACCACUGUUAGCACUGUUGAAGUGGAGGCAUUCAACAUCAAGAUUAGAGAGCUUCAGGAGACACUAGAGGAGUCCCAAACAAUGCACAGUAAAGCCAAACAUGAGCUGAGCCAAGUUGUUCAAGAGAAACUCAGCCUGCAGGCCAAGGUUGAGAACCUUCUCCAAGAGCUCCAUUCUGCUGAAGAUAAAGUGGAGCAGGCCUCCCGCAGUCUCAUCUCUCAGGAAAGCCAACAAGGUGAACUGCAGCACCUUCAGGACACUAUUGACAAUCUGAAGGGUGAGCUGGCUGCUGCUGAGGAAGCUGCACAAGAGGCAGAGGCCAAACACGAGUCAGAGAUAACAAACUACAAGAUCAAAUUGGAUAUGCUUGAACGGGAGAAGGAUGCUGUGCUGGACCGCAUGGCUGAGUCACAAGAAGCUGAGCUGGAAAGACUGAGGACGCAGCUUCUCUUUAGCCAUGAGGAAGAACUCACCCAUCUCAGGGAAGACCUGCAGAGGGAGAGCUUCCUCAACACAGAAAACCUCCUCAAUGAAGCCUCUAACAAACACGAGAGAGCCUUAGAAGAGCUGCGUAUUGGUUAUGAGGAAGAACUGUCUUUGUCACAGAGAGAGAAGGAAAGUUUUGCCACAGAGCGGGAUGAGCUUUUACACCAAAUACUUGCACUGAAAGAAGAUCUGAAGCAAGCUUUGGAAAGCUCCAAAGCAGAUGAGCUCGUCCAGCAGCUCCAAGAGCUUCAGAUGGAAGUAGAGGAGCUGAGAAAAGGAGGUGAUGAACGAGUUAGAAUGGAGAAGGAAAUUCAGACUUUACUGAUGAAGAUCAAGGUGCUAGAAGACGAAGGAAAAGAGAAAGAAGUGUGUUGGGAGAGCAAAUGGAAGGAGCAGGAAGCGGAAAAGGAGAUGUUGAUGGAUUCCAGCAAUGCUUUGAAAGGGCAGUUAGAGUCAUACAGUAAUAAAAUUGAGUCCCUCACGGCAGAGAAAAAUCAAAUAGAGCAACAAGUUGUUGAGCUGAAUGAGAAAGUCGAAAAGCAGAGGACUACUUUCUCUUUUGCUGAAAAGAACUUUGAGGUGAACUAUCAGGAGCUUAAAGAGGAGUACACAUGCCUUAUUGAAGCAAAGGCUCAGUUAGAAGAGAGGUCACUCAAGGAGACUCUUGUGUUUGAGGCAAAAAUUGCAAGCCUCCAGUCACAGAUUCGGGAGUUGGAGGAGAGCAGCAUAGAUAUCAAAAUGGAGGACACACACACAGACGGUAAAACUGUGAUAGAAAAAGAUACUACUGAAUUAAUGGAGAAGCUCAAUGUUGCUUUGAGUGAGAAAGAAAGCUUAGCUGGGAGGCUUUCUGAAGUUACAGAGCAGCUGACGUUUACAGAGAACAGAUUGGGAAAACUGGAGGGAGAGCUGAUGCAAGUGAGACAAGAAAACAAGGAGGUCAUUGCCCAAAAUGAAAGCUUGAGAAAAGAACUGGUAAGAGAGCGAGACGUGAAGAGAGAGCAGCUUAGAGGGCAAGACUCGCAGAGCAAGGCUGAGCUCCAGCAAGGAGAGCAGACUGUUGCCUCAGUUUGUUCUGUAGAGGAUCAUCACUUUCAGAUUCAAUCUCUGCAAGGGGAGAUAGAGACUCUCCAGUCCCUGUUACAGGCAGCUGAAACUGAGAGAGACAGCAUUCGGCAUGCCAUGGAGGUCCACAGGCUUUCGCAGACUCCAUCUCCAGCAGCGGUCCAGUCCUCAGGGGAGGGACCUGUUGAAGGACGAUUCUCCCCGCAGAAACCCACAGCCUCAGGGUCAAGCAGGCGCAAGAGGCGGCAGAGGUCGAAACAAGAGCGCAAACUGGCAGCAGACAGCAGAGAAGUAAGACAAAGGGAGGAGGAGGAGGAGGAGACGGUGGUGGAAGAAGAGAAAUCUACAAGUGUCGCAGAGCAGGAGGUGCAGCCUCAGAUGGAGAGCCAGGUUACAUCGUGUUCAGAACAGAGGGCCAGUGAGGAGGACUCCACUGACGGGUACCAAGGAGACGGAGGCAGAGACUACAUUAACAAAUGGGUGAGAAGACAUGGCGUGGAGCAACAAAUGGAGCCUGUUGUGCGGCUGGGCGCAAAGGAUGAGGGAGAAACUGCUGACCAUGGUGAGUGCAGACUCCAGCUUGAAGCACAGCUCAUCAGUCUGUCUCAGAUCCAUGCUGCCCAGAUCGAGCUGCUCCAAGAGCACACGGACACCCGCACACACUCUCUGGAGCUGGAGGUGCAGCACUUGAGAGAGCACAGCAGCCGAGAUGAGCCAAAGAUCUUUAAAUACCAGAAUGUGGUGCAAGCUGUGUCAGAGGAAUGCAACAGGCUAAUACUGUCUUUUAAGAGGAUUUUUGGUGAAGAGUUCUUGGAGAGUGUUGGUCAGGUCGCUGUGGAGGGUUCACUGGCCACUUCAGUGGAAAGACAAGAAACCAGUGAUUCCACCUCUGUCUCUGAGGCCAGAGAGCUAUGCAGGGAACUUCAGCAGGUGAAGGAGAGGAUUGAGCAGGAACAUGAUAGGCUGUCGCAGCUUCAGGCUCUGCUGAGGGCUGAUGGGAAUAAGAUAAUGGCAAUGCAGAUGGCAUACGAUGACCUGAAGACUAGCAGUGAGAAGGAGAUCUCUAACCUACGUAUGCAGGUUGUCAGUCAAAGCCCCUCGACAUGCAAAGAUCCGGAGGAGCAGGCUGGCACGCCGUCCAGCUCUCUUCCCGGGGACCUACAGAGGCUGAAGGCCGAGGCGCAGGAGAAGCAGCAGCAGCUGGAGGAACGGCACAGACAGGAGGUGGAACAUCUCAGAGCUUAUUACCAGCAGCAGGCUGCAGAGACCGAGGAGCGCUACGCUACCGAGCUCAUCAUGCUGGGGCGGCGUCUGCAGGAGGUCACAGGCACUCAAACCCAGUUCAGCCUGUCCAGUGUUCCUCUGUCCGGCUCGGAGACGGUGGAAGAGCACAGAGAGCAGCUAAAGCAGUUUGGUGAGGAGGAAGGGUCAGAGGUAGGUGCAGAAGCGGAGUUGGGCUGGCCUGCCAGGUCCAUGGGCCUGACAGAGCAGCUGCAGACGCUGAGGAAAGCGCUCUACCUCAAGUAUUCCCAGGAAGUGGCUGCUCUCAAGGACCAGCACAGCAGUGAGCUGAAGAGACUGAGAGAAGAGAGGGAUCAGGACAGGAGAGGAGAGCAACGUCACGAGGAAGGACAAGACAAGGCAGCACUGACGAAGGUUGAGCAGGACCUCAACGGUAUCAACGGGGCGGGACGCUCCAUCGAGGGCCCCGGGGCAGGGGGCCAAGUCGUACUAGAGGAGAAACAACACUGGAAGAAGGUGGAGGAGGAGGUUGCUAAGGCCAUCGUUCAGAUGUCAGUGGAGUUCGCCCAGCAGACUGAGCUGGCCCGAAUUAAAAAGUGUGCCUGCCAGACUACCUCAUCCAUGCAGACCCAGUCAGAGGCAGAAGUGGAAGUGGAAAUGGAGGAGACAACCCCCACACCUUCUCUCACUAUGAGCUUCUGGCCGGGGGAAGAGGAGAGGGAGAAUUUGGAGAAGGAGCUCAGAGAGAGAACUGCUGAGGUCCUCAAGUUAAAGGAGCAGCUUCUGAAAACUCAAUCAGAAGCUGAGCAGGUGUUAAAGAAGGGAGACGAGGGGCAAAGAGUUGGGGAAGAGAAGGACCUAAUGGGGCCAGACCGAAGCAAAUUUUCAUCACAAGAUGAAGUGGACUCCAAUUCAGAUGUCUUGACUGAAAGAAACGCCCUACGUAAAGCCAACGAGAGGCUUUGCCAGGUGCUGGUCGACAUCCUGAAAACCACGGCGGCAGCAGAGGAGACCAUGGGCCUCCACGUGGAGAGUCUGCGUGAGGCUUCCAGCGGAGGGCGGCAGGCUGUGCCACCCAACUCCGCCGCACAGCAAGCAGCCUGGCAGAGAGUUAGCUCAGAGUCCCUCAGACCAUAUGCUGCAGGAAGUUGCCAGGGCAGUGAGGCUGGCACAGAUGUGAGUGAGUGGUCCAGGGAGACAGAGGCCGAUGAGGGCCUGGACAUGUCUCAGCAGAUGAUGGACAGCCUGCUGCUGGGGGUGGAGACACAGCUGCAGAAUGAGGAGUAUCUAAUGGGCAUCAGCUGCCGCCUUCAGGCGGCUUUGGAGAGGAUGUUGAUGGCCAUCACUGAGACCAACAACCAGCUUGAACAUGCCCGGGUGACCCAGACUGAGCUGAUGCGGGAAUCCUUCCGCCACAACCAGGAGAUGGGGGAACUGCUGCAGAAGCAGGAGGAGCUGCAGGAGAGGUUAGCUGAGGAGGGUCGGGCUCGGGAGCAGCUGGCUCUGGAACUUCACCGAGCCGAGGGUCUGAUCGAUGGUUACACGGGUGAACGGGCUGCUCUGGAGGAGAAGGUGCGUCAGAAGGAAGAGCUCCAGCUGAGCCUUGAGCAAGAGUUGCAGGUGACAAGUAGCCGGCUACACGAGUUGGAGCAGGAGAGGAUGCAGAUGCAACAGGAGCGGGAGCUGCUGUCUCGGCAACAGGAUGCCAUGAGGGAGCACGCCGGGCCCCGUGAGCUUCGCCUAGUUGAAGCUGCAGUGGUUGCAGCACCUGAAGCAGACCUCCUGGAGGAGACAGAAAAGCUGAUGAAAGAGAAGGUGGAGGUCCAGCGUCAGGCAGAGAAGGAGAAUGCAGACCUCCUGAAGCAGGUGAAGCUCCUGGAGGUGGAGCUGGAGGAGCAGGUGAACAAGGUGAUUGAACUGGAGCAAGCUCAGAGGACUGAGAGUGGAGACCUCAGACAACAGAUCCAAGCUCUGGAGAAACAGCUGGAGAAGAACAGGAGAUUCCUCGAUGAACAAGCUGUGGACCGAGAACAUGAGCGGGAUGUCUUCCAGCAGGAGAUCCAGAAGCUGGAGCAGCAGCUGAAGAAUCCCCAGAAACCACAGACAGGCUCUGAGCAAAGAAACCAAGAGGUGGACCAGCUGACCUCCCAACUAAAGGAGAAGGCGGAUUGGUGCAGUGAGCUGCUGCUCGGCUCAGAGCAGCUGCGUCGUGAGUUGGGUGAGCGUGACGAGGAGAUUGACAAGCUGGAGAGCCGCGUCCGCGAGCUGGAGCAGGCCCUUUUGGCCAGCGCUGAGUCUCUGGAAAAGGUUGAACAAAAGAAGCAGCAUGCAUCCAUCACCGAGACUAAACACUCCACACUGGAAGCUCAGUUGCAGACGGAGAGAGAAGCUUUGGACAGGAAGGAAAAAGAGAUCAGUAACUUGGAGGAGCAGCUGGAGCAGUUCAGAGAGGAGCUGGAGAACAAGAGUGAGGAGGUGCAGCAGCUUCACAUGCAGCUGGAGAUCCAGAGGAAGGAGCUCAGCAGCCAGCAGCAGUACCUGGAAACAAGGGAUAGCAUGCUCCAGGUGAUGGAGCAGAAGGACAGGGAAAUAGCACUUCUUAAUGAACAGAUCACUAAACUCCAACACAUGGAAACAGCCUCUGAUAACAAGGAAAUGGAUGAACGGGAUGAACUGAUUAAAGAGUUGGAGUCCCGGGUGGAGUACAUGAGGAGUGAACAAGAUCGUUUGAAGAGGAAUAGUGAGGAGGAGCUGGACCAGUUGAAUGCAGUCAUAGACAGAUUGCAGCAGGAGCUGGCUAACAUCGAGCAGAAACAGACCACAGAGGAGGAUGAGGACAUCAAGGGUGAGAGCGGGCCAAGCAAAGAGGAAUAUGACGAAAUGAAGCAGAAAAUGGACCUGGCCACCAAAGAGCUUGAUACACUCAAAACAGAGCACAGUAAGCUGUUGGAGACGUAUCGGCGCUUGAAGGAGAGUGCUAUAGCCUUAGCUGAGACAGAAAAACUGGAAAGUCCAGAGGGGGAACUUGAAGAAGCUCUCAGGGAGAAAACUGCUGGCCUUGUGGUCAUGCAGGCCCAAGUGCACGCACUCGAACAGAGUGCAACUUCCAGAGUGGAAGAGUUAGGUCACCACAUCCAGGAGCUUGAGGACUCCAUUAAUGAAAAGGACUCUGAGCUAUGCCGCUGUCGUCUCCUUCUUGAACAAACCCAAAACUCUGCAGACGUCCUCCAACAGAAAGUCUCCAGCCUCGAGCAGCAGCUGAGGGAAAAGAUGGCUGCAGCACUUGUCAGCCAAGCCACCUUGGAGGCCCUGCAGCAACAGUCACAGGGGGCCAAGGAGGACCAGGAGCCUCGGAGACAGGUGGAGCCACAGGCCUAUGAAUUUGGUGACUUUGGCAUUCCCCAGAUGGACUUUAGCGGACUGAGUCAAGCCAGGCAAGUUCCUACAACAAAGGUGGUCCAUUUGACCGAGAAGCUUCGAGAGCUGGAGGUCGGUCUUAGUGGAAUGCAGAAAGAUCAGGAGCUCCAGAAGCAGCUGCUGUCCAGCUCGGAGGAGGAGGUGCUGGAGUACGAGAGGAGGCUCGCUGUGCUAAUGGACUUACUCAGUCAGAUGAAGACCAAGGCCGGUGUGCACCAGAGAGCACCGCUGUCUGUAGAGCCUUCCUCUGCUGGUGACCAGACGGCUAUGUUGGAGCUUCAACAAGAGUUACAGGAGGUCAAAGAUGAAGCCUCAGCCACCAAAGAGCAGCUCAGCAACUACAAGGAGAGCUGCAGUAGACUCCAGGAGCAACUAAAAGAAAACGGUGUUACAAUAGACAAACUCCAGGAGCAGCUUCAAAGGUUAUCAUCAAGAGGCAGCGAGGAGGCCACGGUGACCGGGCUUCAGCAGGAACUCAUGGAGGUCCAAAAUGAGGCUGCUGCCACCAAAGAGGAGCUGAGCACCUGCAGGGAAAGCUUGGAGAAGUUGCAGGAGUUACUCCAGGAGAGGGAAAUGACCAUUGCCCAUCUUAAAGGAGAACUUUUCCGAGUAACAUCAGAAGAGGAAGGGCCCAAUGUGACAGAGCUUCUCCAAGAGCUACAGGAGGUCCGAAAAGAUGCAGCCGCCGCCAAAGAAGAGCUCAAGGUCUACAGACAGCGCACUGAGAAACUCCAGGAUGACCUCCAAGCCCGUGACCUCUCCAUCAGCAAGCUGAAAGAGGAGCUGCAGGAAGUCAGAAAAGCCUUGGUCAAAGCAACAGACUCACCUUCCCCAUCACCCUCUCCAUCUCCUCAGCCUCAGUCCUCAAGUUCCUCUUCGUCCACCAGCCAGCCCAAAAGGAAAGGAGGAAAACAACUCGCUGGUAAGGGAGGCAGCACCAAAGACAAACCGUCUCUCUCCAGGAAAAACUCGGCUGCUGCCAGUCUGUCCUCUGACAAACCUCGGAGCUCCUCACUAAACAGCGACUCUGAGCAGCAGCACGUGGCUCUAAUACACUCGUGCACCCAGACUGAAGCUCUGCAGAUGCCUGGUCUGGACGGAAAGUCUUCAUCAGCUGCCACCAAAGAGGAGAUGGAGGAGGUGAUUGGAGACUUCGAAGAGAAGAUUGUACAGAUGCAGGAGCUCCAUGCAGCAGAAAUCCUCGACAUGGAGGCUCGGCACAUUUCAGAAAGCGAGACUCUGCGCCGGGACACACAGGUGCUGGAGAAUGAGUGCAAGGCUCUCAAGGCCAUCAUCGACAAACUGCGUUCCACUGAGGCCCCCUCAUCAAGACUAGACCGUCCAACAUCAUCGCAGUUCAAAGAUGGCUACACCAGUGACAGCAGUUCGGACUACAGCCAGCGGACCGGCUAUGAUCUCCCCAACCUGCAGCAGGAGUACAGGACCACCCCCGAGGGUGCCAGGAGAGAGACUGACGAUACACUGCCGGACAGAAUCAAGACACUGCUGCGUGAGGUGCACCAGGAGGGCAUGCAGGUGCUCUCUCUGUCUGAGCUUCCUGUGGCUGAAGGCGAGCCUGGAAGCCAGUUCCAUGCUCCAGGCUGGGCCAAGGAACGAGAGGCCCUGCUGGCCACCGUGGAGUCCCUCAAAGGCCUCAUCACCCAGAUGCAGACACACAGGGAAACACAGACCUCAGGCGGUGUGGACUGGCGCGGUGAGCUUCUGGGUGCGGUGCAGCAGGUGUUUGUGAGGGAGCGGAGCCUGCUGAAGAGCGCCCUCUACAGCCAGCUGGAUCUGCUGGACACCAACGAUGCCAUCAUCCACCUGAAUCAGCUGGAGCGCAGGCUGACUGAGCAGGACACCCAGCACAGAGAGGCCAUGGGGUCGCUCUACACUACCGACAGGUCCAGUCUCGUCUCUGAGAUUCAUCAGCUCCGCGGCCAACUAGAGCAGCUCCAACAAGGUUUGCCGCCUGCAGUUUCAUCAGCUGGUGAGCGCAGCACUGAGGAGCAGCAGGAGAGAGGAGGUGCUGAUGGAGGAGCAGAGGCUGACAGGCUGCUGGUGGAGGAGCUGAAGGGAGAGCUGGCCCAGACCAAGCUGGAGCUGGAGACCACACUCAAGGCUCAGCACAAACACCUGAAGGAGCUGGACACGCUCAGGAUGGAAGUGUCUCAGAAGGCCGCUGAGGUGGACGCUCUGAAUGAUCAGCUGUCAGAGGAGCGGAAGACAAGCCGAGAGCUUCAGUGGGCAAUGGAGAAGGAGAAGUGUCGGACUGGGAGGAAUGAGGAGAGCAAGCGAGAAGAGCUGGAGGACCUCCAUCUCACUCUGGGAGAGCAGCAGAGCCGUGUCUCUCAGCUGACCUCAGCCUUGGAGCAGGAGCGCCAGGCCUCGUCCCAGCUUGCCCAGCAGGCUGACCAGGAGCGCCUGAGCCUCCACAGACGCCUUCAGGAGCUCCAGGUGCAGCUGGAGACGGAGCGAGCCAAGGCCCAGGAGAUGAGCAGCGCCCUGGGGAGAGAGAGGGAACUGAGGACAGGUGUCACCUCAGACGGUCGUCCCUCCAAUGAGGAGGAGGAGGUAGAGGAGGACAGCACCCGGCUGGAGGAGGAAGGAAGCUUACUGGAAAGACUGCAGAGGGAGCUGGACGAGAAACAUGCACAGGUGGUGCAUCUUUUAGGUGAGGUGGAGGCCCAGAAACUUGAGGUGGUGAGAAAACAGGAGGAACUGACUUUGGUAGGUCAAAGGUCCAGACGGGACCAGGAGGCGCUGCUGGCGGCUCGGGCCCAACUGGAGAGCCUGGAAGUGCGUAUGUCUGAGGCCCAGGAGCAGCUGGAGAGAGAGCUGGAGAGGAGAAAGAGCCUAGAGGAGGAGAAGGAGAGGCUGGAGGAGAGACUGGCCCAGCGAGGGGAGCAGAGGGAAGGAGACAGGGCAGGGGGCGGAGUCCUGCCGGCUGAUGGACGCAGUGCCCUCUGGCGCAGCGAGUCCACCGACCGCACCAAAGACUGGGUGUUCCAGCAGAAGAGCGGCAACGCUGAGACAGUCAGCCCCAGCACGCCCACGCCCACGCUGCUGGACAUCACCAGGUCUGGACAAAGUGGUGGACCUUGGCGCACCACUGACAAGAUCCUGGGCAAGCUGCACCUCAUCGCCUCAAAGAUCCGCAACAUAGUCAGCAAGGCGACUGGCAGACUGACAACAGAGGUGGAGAGUGAACAGCUGUUUUGGAUGCAGUCCAACAUCGAUGAGGUCAUCACUAUGCUGCAACAAUUUCCAGGUCUACCCUCCACACCUGAGAGUGCAGCAUUGCUGGCUGGAGGCUCCUCCAGCACCUCCAACUCCCUGACGGAGCGGCUGCUGAGGCAGAACGCCGAGCUGACGGGUUUUGUCAGCCGCCUGACUGAAGAGAAGAACGACCUGAGAAAUCAGACCCUGCGCUUGGAGGAGGAGCUCCGCCGCCUCCGGCAGGCUGGACUGACAUCAGGAGACAGUGCUAGUGGCAGGAGAGGAGUGACCAAGGGAGACUCAAGCAGCAUCGUACUUUCCCAAGAGCGGGAGGCGUGGACUCGAGAGAGGAUCCGUCUGGAGAAAGCUUUGCUUCUGGCCCAGGCCCAGGUGGCCCGACUCAGGGGAGAGAUCAGGACCGACACCCUGCGGGACAUAACGGGACCCGAGGCUGACAAUGCAGCACUGAAGAGGAUGUAUGGGAAAUAUCUGCGGUCGGAGAGCUUCCGCAAGGCACUGAUCUACCAGAAGAAGUAUCUGCUGUUACUGCUGGGCGGCUUCCAGGAGUGUGAGGAAGCCACGCUGUCGCUCAUCUCCAGGAUGGGCGGUCGGCCGUCCCUCUCCAGCCUGGACUCCCUCAGCCAGCGUCGGCGGGGGCUGACGCGCUUCCGCUCUGCCGUCCGAGUCUCCAUCGCCCUCUCCAGAAUGCGUUUCCUGGUUAAGCGGUGGCAGAAGGCAACAGGGAUGGGCUCUGUAUCCUCAACCAGUGUCAACAAGAAUGAAACAGGACAGACGAUAGGCACAGAGAGAGACUCUCCCUAUCUUCACCCAGCGAGUGUGGAGGUGUUCAGAGAAAGAGGAGGAGGACUUUCCAGCAGCAGGGGGCGCAGUGGACGCGACUCCCCCAGAUCUGCUGUUUCCUCCACCCACCACAGGUUUCACGUGGCCGGGGACCCGGGCGCUCUGACCUGCUCCCAUCUGCAGAACUACGACCCUGACCGAGCGCUCACUGACUACAUCUCCAGGCUCGAGGCCCUGCAGAGGCGGCUGGGAAGUGUGACAUCAGGUUCUUCCUCAUAUGCUCAAUUGCACUUUGGCUUGAGAAGAUAAAGACGCUGAGAAGUUACUUUUGAACUGGCUUGAAGAAACGCAGUUGCCUUUUCUUGUGCUGAGCGCUCUGCUGUUUUCUAUCGUUCUGGUGUGGACUGUAUAUUCCAUGUGGACCAAAACUCUUUUUUUUUUUUAGUGUUCGACAUCUUGUAUUCAGGCUUUUUGUCGCCAGCACUUGAAAAACAGCUAUGUUUGUAAUUUGAUCUGCCUCUUUGUUGUGGAGGAAAACAAUCAUGUAUAUUUGUCAAAUGCUAAUUUAAAACCCCGUGAUUAAUUUAUAUGUAUGUGUUGUUGUAUGGGUGGAACAUAUGUAGAGAAUGUUUGUUUGGGUUUAUUGUUAAGGAGGCUGCUACUGGAUAAUACACACUACACUGUGUUACGUUUAGGCCGGUUUCUCAGACAGAGGACAUUUGUAGAGAACGUAUUUUUGUAAAGCGUAGGAGCUUUCAAUUUUCUGGGUAUUUUGUCAAAAACUGAAAUAAAGAGGACUAUAAUAUUUGAAAAA